GGCUGAUGAGAAAGUAUUGAAAUUGGCUGAAGAACAUAAGAAACAAAAGGAGAACCUCCACAGGAAAAUCAUUCAACUGGAGAAACAACUGGAUGCUGAACAAGCAGUAAAGCUUGAAAUCGAGCAAUUGAGAGGCAAAUUAAAUGUUAUGAGGCAUGUGGAAGGUGAAGGUGAUUUGGAAGUGCUGAAAAAAGUGGAUUCGCUGCACACGUCAUUGAGGGAAAAGGAAGGAGAGCUUGAAGAUUUAUUGGCAUUAAAUCAAACUCUGAUUGUGCAGGAGCGAAAUAGCAACGAUGAGCUGCAAGAUGCUCGUAAAGAAUUAAUUAAUGGCUUGAAAGAAUUUUCAACAAAUGGUCAAAUUGGUGUGAAGAGAAUGGGAGAACUCAACAGCAAACCAUUUCAUGAAGCAAUCAAAAGGAAGUAUGAUGAGGUUGAGGCCGAUGAAAGAGCAACAGAAUUGUGCUCACUGUGGGAGGAGUACCUUAGAGAUUCUGAAUGGCAUCCUAUAAAGGUGGUUGAGAUUAAAGGGAAACAUCAGGAAGUAAUCAACCAAGAUGAUGAAAAGCUGAAAGACCUGAAGAAUAAUUAUGGCGAGGAAGUGUACGAUGCCGUGACCUCAGCUUUGAUUGAGAUAAACGAAUAUAACCCGAGUGGGAGGUACAUUGUUUCCGAACUGUGGAACUACAACCAAGGUAGGAAAGCUGAUCUGCAGGAAGGAAUUGUUCAAAUAAUGAAGCUAUGGAGAACUUACAAACGAAAGAGGGGAAUGGAUUGAACCUUGGAAGCCCUAUAUAAGCUUUUCAUGUGCCAUUCUAUGGGUUUAGAUUAGGGUUGGUGGUAGGGCUGUUAUUUGCAAAGGUUAAUGGCUCCUAGUAGGGAUGGCUGUGUGAUCCUUUUCGAGUUAUUCUGAGUCUCCAUGACUGACUUUCGAUCGCUUCAAAUGAAGUGAUUCUAUCAGAUAUUAUUACAUUAUUACAUGGUGUUAGUUGUGGAUUGUGCAGUUUUAUUCUGGGACCUUCCCUUUUCAAAAAUUCCAUAAACCUCCCCUUUUAGUAUUAAUUUUCAAU